CCAGAAAUAAGGAGAGUUUCUACAGAAGCGCUUUGGCAGACGAAAACAAGGAAACGGAGCGAAACCAACCAGCCUGUUCACCGCAGGUACUUUCCGCAAGAGGCAGAGUGGAUUUUUCUCUUUUUGCCUUUUUUUCUAUCGCUUUUCUCCACGUUAAUUUCUCUGGUGCUGAAGUGAAGUUCGCGCAGUGGAGCGCAGGGAACUUUGGACCGUGCGUAAUUGUGGAGAGUUUUUCUUGUUGCGCUGCGUCAGGAUGCGCGUCUGGCCGCUGCUGGCUCUCCUCUGCCUGAUGUGCGCAGGACGCGCUCAGAAGUUCUCCGCUCUCACGUUUCUGCGGGUGGAUCAGGAUAAGGAGUGCAACAUGGAAUGCACCGGAGCGCCGCGGAAGCCCCUGUGUGCCUCUGACGGCCGGACCUUCACAUCUCGCUGCGAGUACCUCCGAGCCAAGUGCCGCGACCCCCAGCUGGAGGUCAGCCGAGGGCCGUGCAAAGAAACAUCCAGAUGUGUCGCAGAAAAGAAGUACACAGAGCAACAAGCCAAGAAACAGGCCUUUGUUCCCGUAUGCAACCCUGACGGCACUUACAGCGAGGUUCAGUGCCACAGCUACACCGGAUACUGCUGGUGUGUCACACCCAACGGGCGACCAAUCAGUGGGUCUUCUGUCGUCAAUAAAAAACCUCGAUGCCAAGGUUCCAAACAGGACCGAGCGGCUCCUGUAGAACCGAGACCAGGCUCAAAACAAGACAGAGGGACCUCCAUAGAUCCAAAACCAGUCUCUUUGCAAAUAUUCUCCAUUCUAAACGCAGAACCUAUCCCGGUGGAGCCACCAUCUCCUCCAGAGGAAGAAGACGUCACUUCUCCGUACCCUGACCUGUGGUCAGUGCACUUAAACAGCAACCGGCAGAACAGAUCCAGAGCAUCACCUUCAUCAUGUGACCAGGAGCAACAGUCGGCCCUGGAGGAGAGGAGGCAGCGAAAUAAUGACGCCGUGUUUGUGCCAGACUGCGCCCAAGGCGGCUUUUAUAAACCUGUCCAAUGCCACCCCUCCACUGGCUACUGUUGGUGCGUGCUUGUGGAUACUGGACGGCCAAUACCAGGAACUUCAACCAGGUACGAACAGCCAAAGUGUGACGGUAAUGCCAGAGCUCAUCCAACUAAACCAAAGGACCAUUAUAAAAGCAGACAUCUCCAAGGCUGUCCUGGGGCAAAGAAAACAGAGUUCUUGACGAGUGUUCUUGACGCGCUGUCGACAGACAUGGUGCAUGCUGUCACAGAUCCAGCAUCCGCCGGAAGGAUGGCCGAGCCUGACCCCAGCCACACUCUGGAGGAGAGAGUCGUCCACUGGUACUUCAGCCAGCUUGACAAAAACGGCAGCGGAGACAUCGGAAAGAAGGAGAUCAAGCCUUUCAAGCGCUUCCUGCGCAAAAAGUCCAAGCCGAAGAAGUGUGUGAAGAAGUUUGUGGAGUACUGUGACAUCAGCAACGACAAGGCGCUGUCGCUGCAGGAGCUCAUGGGCUGCCUCGGGGUGACCAAGGAAGACGGUGCCAAAUCGGGGGAAGACCUGCCUUCCAGUAAACUAAACCCCGUGAGGAAACAGGGCUAACUUCUGACGCUCUGAGUCCCAGAAUCUACCCUCACCAAUCGGCAACAGUGGAAACUAUAGUAUUUGCACUUUGUACUUUAA